AUGAAGCUCAAAUCCCUGCUGGAGUCUGACGCCGUUCCCUGGACAUCCACUUUACUCACGGUGCUCUUGUACGCCAUCUUCAUGCACGGCAUCAGAGAUGGUGUUCUGGUGCUCGUCGCAUGGUACACUAUGUUCGCCUUCUACUUUGCGGUGAUUCGCGCCCACAAUGCAAUUCUCGAACCGCUCAACCUCAAUAUACCCAUGUGGGAUCCAGUCGGCCGUGACGGGUUCCGAACCUUCUUCCGGGAGCAGAAGGGUCUGGUAUACAAUGCGGCGAUGAAGACAGCAGAUGGGUGCUUGGGAAUCAUACUGUUCCUGAAGCUUGCGUUCUGGUGUGGCGGACAUGGACCCGAAGUCUCGUGGCGUGCUUGUGUCAUCUUGAGCAGCACGAUUACAGUACUUUCGAUCCUGUUCCAGGCAGCACAGCCGGUACUUUACAGCCUCCAAAUGUACCACAGGUAUUGGACCGACUAUUGGAAGACGGUCGAUGAGCAGGAGGCAGCGGCGAGAGGUGAAGGUGUGCCAUCGGGCAACCGAGACGGACCGAAAAAGCUCGAGACGGUGCUGGGUCUGGGGCACAUGAGGUUGACGCCAGUCCACGAGCUUCCAGCACAUCUUCCAAUGGCGCACUGGCGAGGUCUGGAUCGUCCAGCGCACAAAAGCCCAGCGGCGAAUAAUCAAACGAAAACGAAGAAAUGUGCGCGCAAGAAGGCCCGGCCAGAGGGUUGUGAGCGAAGGGAGAAGAUGGCACCCACCUGGGACCUCUUGCGACGUUGA